AGCUCUUUGGAGGCGGUAGCUUCUUCGGCGUCGAGGCUGGAGGCUGUGUGCUAAACGGUGUGGGGCGCAAAUGGGAUCCUGCUGUUAGUCGGGUAGGCAUAGCUUUGUGUUAUUCUUGGAAAAUUUCGCACCACUUGUGAAUUCCUUGAACCUGGGCAUUGCAAACCCACUUCUUUUGGGCCCAUCUCCUUUGUACUUUGCUCAGAUUAAGACGCAGUUGGCGCUUCAGCAGCUGAAUGCCGUUGCCUCACAUGGUUCAGCACCACCUUAUAAUAUAUUAAAUCAGGCUUUUUUGAAAAUAGCCAUGUCGAGACCCAGGUUUAAUCCUCGAGGAAACUUUCCACCUCAGAGGCCACGAGCACCUAACCCUUCUGGGAUGAGGCCUCCAGGACCAUUUAUAAGGCCUGGAUCUAUGAAUCUUCCAAGAUUUUACCCAGCAGGAAGAGCUCGUGGAAUUCCACACAGAUUUGCUGGCCAUGAUUCUUAUCAGAAUAUUGGACCACAGAGAAUGAAUGUUCAGGUAACUCAACACCGGACUGAUCCAAGAUUGACCAAAGAAAAAUUGGAUUUUCAUGAAGCACAACAAAAGAAGGGAAAGCCUCAAGGUGGCCGAUGGGAUGAUGAUCCUCCUAUAUCUGCAUCUGUAGGAGUAAAACAGAGUUCUAUAACACAGGUUACAGAGCAGAGUCCUAAAGUACAGAGCCGCUAUACAAAAGAGAGUGCCUCGAGUAUAUUAGCAAGUUUUGGAUUGUCUAAUGAAGACCUGGAAGAACUCAGUCGCUAUCCUGAUGAACAGCUAACUCCUGAAAAUAUGCCAUUAAUUUUGAGGGAUAUAAGAAUGCGGAAAAUGGGGCGCCGAUUACCUAAUUUACCUUCUCAGAGCAGAAAUAAAGAAACACUUGAUAGUGAGGGAGUUUCAAGUAAUGUGAUUGAUUAUGGGCAUGCAAGCAAAUAUGGCUACACAGAAGACCCACUUGAAGUACGUAUUUAUGACCCUGAAAUUCCAACUGAUGAGGUCAAGAAUGAAUUUCGGUCACAGCAGAGUAUUUCUGCAUCUGUUCCCACUCCAAAUGUGAUGCGUAAUUCUUUGUUUCCUGUUGAAGAUGUGUUUCGACAGAUGGACUUCUCCAGCGAGUCCUCCAAUAAUCAGUCCUUUUUCCCAGUUGAGAGUGGAACCAAGAUGUCAGGCUUACACAUUUCAGGAGGCCAGUCAGUCCUUGAACCUGUAAAAACCGUGAGCCAAUCCAUUAGCCAAACAGUUAGCCAGACGAUGAGUCAGUCUCUGAUUCCUCCAUCUGUGAACCAACAAGCUUUUUCAUCUGAACUAAUUUCAGCUGUAAGUCAGCAAGAGAGGAUCCCACAUGAACCUGUGAUUAAUUCAUCUAACGUACAUGUUGGAUCAGGAGGAAGUAAAAAGAAUUACCAGUCAGAAGCUGACGUGCCCAUUCAGUCUCCCUUUGGGAUUGUGAAAGCAUCAUGGCUACCAAAGUUUUCACAUGCUGAUACCCAGAAGAUGAAGAGACUUCCAACUCCUUCUAUGAUGAAUGAUUAUUAUGCAGCAUCUCCAAGAAUAUUUCCACAUAUGUGUUCUCUGUGUAACAUAGAAUGUAGUCAUUUGAAGGAUUGGAUUCAGCAUCAGAAUACAUCCACUCAUAUUGAGAGCUGUCGACGGUUACGUCAACAGUAUCCUGAUUGGAAUCCUGAGAUCCUCCCAUCAAGAAGAAAUGAGGGCAAUAGAAAAGAAAAUCAAACUCCAAGAAGACGUUCUCAUUCCCCCAGUCCUAGGCAUUCUAGGAGAUCAAGCUCAAGUCACAGGUUCCGUCGAUCUCGAAGCCCAAUGCGUUAUGUAUAUAGACCAAGAAGUCGAAGUCCAAGAGUUUACCAUCGUUUCAUUCCUAGAUACAGAUCCAGAUCCCGUUCACCAUAUCGCAUUAGAAAUCCAUUUAGAGAUAGUCCAAAAUGGUAUCGAUCGGUUAGCCCUGAAAGGAUAUCAAGGAGAUCAGUGAGAUCAUCAGAUAGAAAAAAAGCAUUAGAAGAUGUGGUACAACGAUCUGGGCACACAUCAGAAUUUAAUAAACAGAAGCAUCUUGAAGCAGUUGAUAAAGGACAUUCAUCAGCACAAAAGCUUAAAUCUGGCAGUGCAUCCAAACCAUCAGUUAAAUCUACAGGCUCUACAAAGAGUGAUUCAAAUGUAGGCGGUCAUUCUACUCGUUACAAAUCAAAGAGUCUUGAAGAUGACAGCUUACCAGAAGGUAAACAGGUGUCUGAUAAAGCCGUCUCUGUCCAACGUAAGCUGCGGAAAGACCAGUCUUUGAAUUAUGGUUCAGUUCUUCUUGUAUCUGAAUUACCAGAGGAUGGCUGUACUGAAGAUGAGGUUAGAAAAGUAUUUCAACCAUUUGGAAAAGUUAAUGAUGUCCUGAUUGUUCCAUACAGGAAGGAGGCUUACUUGGAAAUGGAAUUUAAAGAGGCAAUUACUGCAGUCAUGAAAUAUGUUGAAACAACACCUCUUCUGUUAAAAGGAAAAAAUGUGAAAAUAAGUGUUCCAGGAAAGAAAAAAUCACAGAACAAAGAGGUGAAGAAAAAGGCUUCAGAUUCAAAGAAAGCAUCAGCAUCUACUUUAAAAAAAGAUACAGAUGCUUCAAAAGCUGUUGAAACUGUGACUUCAACUUCUACUGCUGAAACUGGACAGGCCAAGACAUCUGUAGCCAAAGUGAAUAAAUCUUCAGGGAAAUCAACGAGUUCUGUAAAAUCUGUGAUAACAGUAGCUGCUAAAGGUACUAAAGCUUCAAUCAAAACAGGAAAAUCUAGUGGAAAGAAGUCUCUAGAAAUAAAAAAAGCUGGGAAUGUCAAAAACAAGGACUCUAGUAAACCUGUAACUGUGCCAGAAAACUCUGAAAUAAAGACCAGUAUGGAGGCCAAAGCCACUGAAAAUAGUGUUAAAGAAAAUAUUUCAGAAGCUGCAUUGGAGACCACAGAAAAUGAACCAGUUGGAAUGGAGACAGAAGAAAUGUGUGUGAUCCUUGUUUCUAAUUUGCCAAAUAAAGGGUAUUCUAUGGAAGAAAUUUACAACCUAGCAAAACCAUUUGGUGGUCUAAAAGAUAUUUUGAUUUUAUCAUCUCAUAACAAGGCAUAUAUGGAAAUAAAUAGAAAAUCUGGAGAUUCUAUGGUAAAAUUUUAUACUUGCUUCCCAAUGUCGAUGGAUGGAAAUCAACUCACAAUAAGUAUGGCUCCUGAAAACAUGAAUAUAAAAGAUGAGGAAGCUGUAUUUAUAACCCUGAUUAAAGAGAAUGACCCAGAGGCAAAUACAGAUACAAUUUACAGUCGAUUUGUACAUCUUGAUAACUUACCUGAAGAUGGACUUCAGUGUGUGCUUUGUGUUGGACUUCAGUUUGGAAAAGUGGAUCACCACAUAUUCAUGAAUAAUAAAAAAAAGGCAAUUCUUCAGUUAGAUAGUCCUGAAUCUGCUCAGUCAAUGUACAGCUUCCUCAAACAAAAUCCACAGAACAUAGGUGACCAUGUAUUGACCUGCACAUUAUCUCCAAAGAUGGACUCAUCAGAGAUGAUGCAUCACAGCCAAUCUGGAUCCCAGGAAGAGCAAUCCGACCCGCCACCAGCAGCCACGCGUCUAACGAGACGAGAACGCCGUCGUCUCCGCACCCUGGUGUACCAGAUGACAACCUUGCGCCUAGACCGGGAGCCCAGUCCGGAGGCUCAAGCUGAGAAAGACUCAGAACCAGGGAAAGAAAGCCCUGACUUGAAAAACAGUCCAGUUGAGGAGAGUGAGGUGCAAACAGCAGAUGAUAGUCCCUCUGUUAAACCUAGUGAGGUUGAAGAAGAAACUACUUCCAACAUUCAAGCAGAAACUUCUGUACAGCAGGAAGAGACUUUUGAAGAAGAACUUGAAAAAUCACUAAGUGACUCUGACUUUGCUAUUGAAACAUUUGAAGUUGAAACUCAAGGAGAGGAAAUCAGAGAAGAAAUUCUUCUUGUAGCAUCCACUCCUGCCAGUAUUGAAUUAUUCCCUGAAAAUGCAGAGGAGUCUGCUAUAAAUCAGCAAGUGUAUACUAGUGACUUUGAGAAGGAAGAGGCAGAAAUUAUUAACCCUGAAACAGAGUUUUCAGCAUCUGACCGAGCAUUUAUAGAAGAAAGGAGUAUCAGAGGAAUUCUAGAAGAAUCUCCAUCUGAAACAGAAGAUUUCUUUUCUGGAAUUACACAGUCUAUGGUAGAAGCUGUAGCUGAAGUGGACAAACAUGAAACAGUUUCAGAAAUAGUGCCACCUGCUUGUGUUGUGGCCUUCGUAGCAGGAAUUUCCACAGGAGAUGAGAAGUCAGUGAGCAAAAAGGGGAUUUCUGAAAAAAGUAACAUGGAGGAAAAGGAGGAGAAUGAAUUUAAUACUAUGGAAACCAGAAUGGAUUUGCAGACAGGAACUGAAAAGAAUGAAGCUAGGAUGGUUUCAGAGAAGUUGGAGAAGAUUGUGGCAGCAAUGAAAGAAAACACUGUGAACAAGGCAUACCCCAGUAAAGGAUUGGGCCAAGCCAAUAAGCCUGAUGAAAAUAGUAAAACUAGUAUGCUGCCUGUAUCACAUGUAUCAGGUAGUAAAUCAAGUAUCAAGGCUGCUCUGGCCUCUUCUCCAAAGGCAAAAGCUACAGCUUCAAAAACUGAAAAUCAGAAAAGUUUUCUAAAGUUGGUGCUCAGAGAUCAAAUAAAUGCUGAAAAGAAACUUUUAGCCAAGGAAUUGGGUCUUCUUAAAUCUACAAGUGCCACGUCAGGCUUUGCAGAAAGCAGCAGUAAAUCCAAACCCUCUCAGAGCGGUAUUACCAGAGGAGGCAAUGGAAGGAUCUCAGCCCUGCAAGGCAAGGAUUCUAAACUGGAUUACAGGGAUAUAACCAAACAGUCUCAGGAAACAGAGGCUAGAGCUUCCAUCAUGAAACGGGAUGACAGCAACAAUAAGACUUUGGUUGGGCAAAACACUAAGAAUUCUAAAAGCACCACUGUUAGAAGUUCCAAAUCUAAAGAGGAACCAUUAUUUCCAUUUAAUUUGGAUGAAUUUGUUACUGUGGAUGAGGUUAUAGAAGAAGUGAAUCCUUCUCAAGCCAAGCAGAAUCCACCAAAGGGAAAAAGGAAAGAAGCUGUCAAAAGUACCCCUUCCUCUGAAAUUAACUUAAAGAAGAAGAAGGGGAAAAGUUCUGCCCCUCAUGUUGCUGAAGGAGAAUUAUCUUUUGUAACAUUGGAUGAAAUUGGGGACGAAGAAGAUGCGGCUGCACAUCUAGCACAAGCUCUAGUCACUGUGGAUGAAGUAAUUGAUGAAGAAGAACUAAAUAUGGAAGAAAUGGUAAAAAACUCAAAUUCACUUCUUACAUUAGAUGAGUUAAUUGAUCAAGAUGAUUGCAUUUCCCACAGUGAACCUAAAGAUGUUACUGUUCUGUCAGUGGCUGAAGAACAAGAUCUCAAACAGGAACGCUUGGUAACGGUGGAUGAAAUUGGAGAAGUAGAAGAGCUACCUUUAAAUGAGUCAGCAGACAUAACUUUUGCCACUUUAAAUACUAAAGGAGAUGAGGGAAAUACUGUAAGGGAUUCCAUUGGGUUCAUUUCUUCUCAGAUGCCUGAAGAUCCUACUACCUUAGUUACUGUUGAUGAAAUACAGGAUGACAGCAGUGAUCUACAUUUAGUGACUUUGGAUGAAGUAACUGAAGAAGAUGAAGAUUCUCUGGCAGAUUUUAACAACCUUAAAGAAGAGCUUAAUUUUGUUACUGUUGAUGAAGUUGGAGAGGAGGAAGAUGGAGAAAAUGAUUUAAAAGUUGAGUUGGCACAAAGCAAAAAUGAUCAUCCCACAGAUAAAAUGGGGGAUAGAAAGAAGAGAGCUGUGGAAGCAAAGAAGACAAAACUGGAAGCUUUGUCCCAAAUGUGUGAAGUAAAUGAGAAUGUUAUGGAAGAAGAUCUGAAAACUAUGCUUGAAAGACACCUAGCAGAUGAUGAUGAUGAUGAGUCUGAAUUAAAAGAUUCAGAACCAGAAAGAAAGCGCAAGAAGAUUGAGGACUCUUCUUUAGACACAUCAGACACACCUGAUAUCCCUGAAGAUUUAGAUUUUCUUGUACCGAAGGCUGGAUUCUUCUGUCCAAUUUGUUCCCUCUUCUACUCAGGUGAAAAAGCAAUGACAAAUCACUGCAAGAGUACUCGUCAUAAGCAAAAUACAGAGAAGUUCAUGGCCAAGCAAAGAAAGGAAAAGGAACAGACUGAGGCUGAAGAAAGAAGCUCUAGGUGAUUGGAGGAAAGGGGAAAGAAUUCAUUAGAAUUUCAUUUAGGGUCCAGUUGAUUUGUGUAUUUUGUUAUCACUUAAUUUGUACCUUUUGUUUCAGAAGCAAAUAUUCAUGUUGUACAAAUUUCUGAUUGCCCUUGAUGUAGAGAGACUGAUGGGGAAAGUAUGAUGGGUUUGAUUUUUAUAUCAAAUCAUCAGGCAUGGAGAAAUAUCUUUUAGAAGUGUUAAAAUAAAUGUUCCUACUGUAUAUUUAAAAUAC